AUCUCCCAAAGAAAUACUCAAGUGUUUUAUUAUAUUCUUUUUAAAGUAUGUGAUUUUUUUUUUUUUUGGUUUUAUAGAAUUUGGCAAAUCUCACAUGGAUGAAUUUAAGUGGUUGCGAAUUCUUAGAAAAAAUCCCCAACUUAUCCCGAAGCCCAAACAUAAAGUACUUGGGUCUAAGUGGGUGUAAAAAUUUGGUCGAGGUUGAUGAUUCUGUUGGAUUCCUCGAUAAACUUGAAGUGUUGUUUCUUACUGGGUGCUCUAAGCUUACGAGGUUUGCAACAAGACUUGGAUUGAGAUCCCUUAAAGCGCUUCAUCUUACAGGUUGCACAAGGCUGGAGAGAUUUCCAGAAAUAGAGAAGGACAAGAUGAAAUCUCUUACGCUUUUGGAGAUAGGAAAAAGUGGCAUAAGAGAAUUGCCUUCAUCAAUUGCGUAUCUUACUGGGCUUACGCAAUUGAUUGCAUAUGGUUGUGAGUUGCAAAAUGUCCCCGACUUAUCCGGAAGCCCAAACAUAAGGACGUUGGAUCUAAGUAACUGCACAAGUUUGGUCAAGGUUGAUGAUUCAGUUGGAUUCCUCGAUAAACUUGAAAUAUUGAAUCUUAGUGGGUGCUCUAACCUUACGAGGUUUGGAACCAGACUUGGAUUGAGAUCCCUUGAAGAUCUUAAUCUCAAUGGUUGCACAUGGCUGGAGAGAUUUCCAGAAAUAGAGAGGGACAAGAUGAAAUCUCUGUGGAGUUUGGAGAUAGGAAAAAGUAGCAUAAGAGAAUUGCCUUCAUCAAUUGCGUAUCUUACUGGGCUUACGGCCUUGUAUGCAAAUGGUUGUGAGUUGCAAAAUGUCCCCGACUUAUCCGGAAGCCCAAACAUAUGGCAGUUGGAUCUACGUGACUUUACAAGUUUGGUCGAAGUUGAUGAUUCAGUUGGAUUCCUCGAUAAACUUGAAAUUUUGAAUCUUUCUCUCAGUGGUUGCAGAAGGCUCGAGAGUUUCCCAGAAAUAGAGGGCAAGAAGGCUCGAAGGUUACAGCUGUAUCUUUCUCUUGAAGGAUGCAAUUUAUCAGAAAGUGAUUUCCUUGUGCCUCUUCAUUGCUGGUCCGCAUUAACAGGGCUUAAUCUGUCGAGAAACAAUUUUGUUAGCCUUCCGGAUUGUAUUAGCAAAGCUGUCAACUUAUGGAAACUUACAUUGAGCGGUUGCAAGAGGCUUCGAGAAAUUCCAGUCCUUCCACCAAAACUAGAAGAGUUACAUCUGGAUGAUUGCACAUCAUUGGAGAAAAUUCCAAAACUACCCCAGAGGCUUGGGGAUCUUAACUUGCGUAACUGCUCUGGACUAAGUGGUGAUGAGGUGGCAAAGUUGGAAAACAACUUGUUGAAUGAGGAAAUAUGUCCGCACUUGAGCAUUAUUUACCCAGGCAAUGAAGUUCCAAAGUGGUUCAGCUAUACCUCUAACCAUCCCACAACCAUUCAACCUCUACCAGAAUAUAAAUGGGAUGAAGAUGAAAGGAAAGAAGGAUUUAUUAGAGGCAGUGAAAUUCGUUUUGAAAUUCCUCUAAAAUUACAAGUGGGGGAGACGUUAUUUGGAUUGGCUCUAUCUUUUGUUGUUGAACCAUCGACUUAUCAUUCUGAUGUCAAGUGUAUUAUCAUCAACGGAGAAAAAACGUUUGAACCUUGUUUAUGGUUCUAUAAGGACUUAAAGGCAACUCAUGUGAAGCUUGCGUUAGUGGGUUUUGGGGAGCAGGAGCAGCACGGAGAUAUUUGUCAAGUUGUAUUUCGCUUCAAAAAUGGCUCACCCAUUAAAAGUUGCGGCGUGCACUGCCUAUUGCGCAACCAAGACGAACUGCUUCCCUUGUCUCUGAGACCAACGAGCAGUCUUGGUUUUGCAGUUUACUAAUCCUUAAAAAUAAGAGGCUGUUUGAUGACCAUUUCAAUUUGCAAACCAAAAACUCAUUUGUUCUAUUGUCUUGCUUUUGCCUUUCUGUUUUCUUUUUACAUAUCUAAACUACAUAUUAGUAGAACACUUAUUGAGUUAUUGUCAACCAAACUCUUAUAAAAUUACCAGAUUAACCCUCUGCUUAAAUCUG